UCCAAUAAACAAUUAUUAAAUUCCAAUUAAUUCUUCAAUUUUAAAGGGUAUGUUUACUUAGAAUGAUGAUGACAAACAAAUUUUUAACAUUCUAAGUAAACUAUGCUCAAUUCUUGAAGACUUUUUAAAGCUGUUUUGUUCCAUUUUUUUCAAAUUUGAGAAAUAUUUAAGCCUUAUUUGAUUUGUUUGAUUUGGGGUUAUUUGAAUAACUAAGUGAUUAUUAUUUAUUUGGAUUAUUUGCUAAAAGAAUGAAAAAGUUUUAUUAUUUAAAUAUGAGUAAUUUCGUAUUUUUGGUUAAUAUUAUUAUGUGAUUGGUAAUUGAAAAUGGGUUAAAUAAUCCCACAUCAAACAAGGCCUUAUGUACAUUCAAAAAAAAGAAUGAAGCAACAGGGGCGGGUAAACUGUUAUCAUCUUCAUCAUCAUCAUCAUCUAUAAAUUGACCACCUGAGACGUCCGAUCGCCAACGGAUACACUCUCUUUAACGGCUAUUUCUCCCAACAUCUUCUUGAACUGUUGUUAUCUCAGCUUUCUCGAAUUACAAACAAGAAUUGAUCUUCUGAUUAGAAAGGGUCCGACCCUUUCUAUUAUGCAUAAAGAACAACAAUGUGGAGGUCUCAGAAUAACUUUCCGGGGAAGGGUUUCUCUACGCCGCCUCCAACCGGCAUGCACAGACGCUACUCGCCGGUAACUAGAUACAAAUUCUUCUCCGAGAAAAAGAAAAUCCCUUCACCUCAUGUUGAAUCCGAUAUCUUUCAUAUAAUCCAUAAGGUUCCUUCCGGUGAUUCUCCUUAUGUCAGGGCCAAACAUGUCCAGUUAAUAGACAAGGAUCCGAAUAAGGCAAUUGCUCUGUUUUGGAGGUCAAUUAAUGCUGGAGAUAGAAUAGACAGUGCACUUAAAGAUAUGGCAGUUGUAAUGAAACAGUUGAAUCGAACUGAGGAAGCAGUCGAGGCGAUUAAAUCGUUUCGACAUCUUUGUCCUCGCGAUUCUCAGGAUUCUCUUGAUAAUUUACUUCUUGAAUUGUUCAAGAACUCUGACAGAGUUGAAGAACAGAUUGAAUUGUUGGAAUUCAAGGUGAAGAAGUUUGAAGAAGGAACUGGUUUCUUGGGUAAAAGACCAAAGUUUUCUAGAUUACAAGGAAAGAAAGUUCAUAUAACUGUUGAACAAGAAUACUCAAGGAUAUUGGGAAACUUGGCUUGGGCUUAUAUGCAGCAAGGAAAUUUCAAAUCAGCAGAAGAGCUUUACAGAAAAGCGUUAUCGCUUGAGCCAGACAAGAACAAGCAAUGUAAUCUAGCGAUAUGUCUGAUGAACAUGAACCGGAUAACAGAAGCUAAGUUUCUUCUGAAGAGGAUUCAGGCAGAGGCUUCUUCUUCGCGCCUCCCACAUGGACAAAUCGACGAAUCGUAUGCGAAAUCAUUGGAGCGUGCAAUGGAAACGUUGGAAGAAUUGAGUGGCGAAAGAAAAUGUUUACCUCCAACUCUUAAUAACUCUCCAGCUCUACUAUUACAAACACAGCCAAGAACAGCAUUUCUUCUGCCACAGCAGCAGCCGGGUGACAAUGAAGAAGAUCAUCAGAAAUUCCGAUAUGGUGGCGCUAGCUGUAACCGUAAACUGUCAUUCGAUUUAAAUCAAUACAAACCGGAGCAAAUUAUUAAUAACAAUAAUAACAGCAGCCAGCAGCAGCAGCAGCAGCAGCAGCAGAUUCUGGAAAGGACUUCUUCAGGGCCACCUUUAUCUGAAGUUUCAUCUUCCUCUCACGAAACAACAAAAAAGACUUGGGCAGACAUGAUUGAAGAAGAAGAAGAGGAGGAAUUUGAAAAUGACGAGAAUAUGGUGGAUAAUAUCAUGAGUCCAAUAACAAUGAAUGAUUUGUCGAGAAAGGUGAAGUCUUUGGAGAUUUAUAAUACACAACCGCGAAAUGACAAUCAUCGACAAGGAUUGUUCUUCGAUAAGCAGCAUCAGCUGGAAACAGAUGAAAUGUGGUAUGAACAUCCAUCAUCAUCAUUAGCAGCAGAAGCAGGUUUCUGUUCUCCAUCUGGUAUGAGAAGAAAUAGGCUUCCUGUUUUCAGGGAUAUAACUCCUUCAUAGAACAUAACAAACAUGUAUAUGCUAUUACAACAUUAAUUCUUUCUUGAUUCUUUCCAUAUUGUUGUUGCUGCUUUUUUAGCAUAAUGAAUCAUAAUAGUAAUAAUACCGAACAAGCUUCGUUUUGU